AUGGAACUCCUCGACCUUCCGAUGAUGGGUAGGAGAUUCACUUGGACAAACUACCAAGAUCAUGCGAUUCAUAGUCGGUUGGACAGAUUUUUAAUUUCCCAGCAGGUGUUUGAGAAAUUUAAGGUGGUCCAAUGGGGGAUUCAUAGGCCAAUUUCUGAUCAUUGCCUUAUUGUGCUUACUAAUGAUGAAAGAGAUUGGGGUCCUAGACCAUUCAGGUUCAUGGAUAUCUGGCUUUCGAACCCGAGGUGUAUGGCUAAUGCUGAGGAGACUUGGGAAAAUACUGUGGUAAAUGGAUGGGCUGGCUUUCAAAUUUUGAGAAAAUUGAGGGCCAUUAAAGAUAAGCUCAAGGUGUGGAACAAAGAGGAGUUUGGGGAUGUAAACUCGGCACUGCUAGUAACGGAAACUGAACUUCAACAUUUAGAUUUGUUAGCUGAGGUAAGGCAGCUCUCUAUCGAGGAAAAAGCAUCCCGGUGUAAAGCUAAAUCCGAGUUUUGGAGACUCUCUCGAUUAACGGAAUCAUUAUGGCGACAUAAAUCAAGGAUUAAUUGGAUGAAAUUGGGGGACAAAAAUACAAGAUAUUUUCAGGCUAUAGCCAACAACAGGUUUCGAAGAAAUUUGGUGGGUUCAAUUAAGGCUAGUGGGAGAUUACUAGAAGAGCCAAAGGAUAUCAAAGAUGCUGUUGUUGUACAUUUCAAAAACAAUUUCAAAGAGGACAGCAUCGUUAGACCAAGGUUGGGGGGGUGGGGUUGGUUUCUUAGAAGGCUAUCUCCAUAUUCUGCAUUGCAACUUGGUAGAGUUUUUGAUGUGAGGGAGGUUUAG